UUUUUCCGGUGACACGUGACAUAAACAAACGGCACGCGGCGGGUGUACGUGGGUUAAGUCCGGAUUGUGAGUCUUACCGGUAACAAACAGAUCCCGGAUGCAGUUGGAGAGGCGGUUAGCAUGGUGAAGUGUGUGGUUUCUGGGUGUCCGAACCGCGUAGCUCACUACACCCGGGGGGCCUUCCAGCCACCCCCCAAGAGGUUCUUCAGCUUCCCCAAAGACCCGACUCGGGUCCAGGUUUGGCUGGCCGCCCUGAGGGAGACGCACAGGCAGGACACUGGAGAGGACCUCUUAAUCUGUGAAGACCACUUCCUGCCGGAGGAUAUCUGCAGAAAGGGAGUCACCAGUGAUGCCAUUCCGCUCAUGCCCCCUUACCUGGAUGGGCAGCUGGGUCUGCUCAGUGCCUGGGAGGUCGAUUCCUCUGAGGAAGACGAGCAUUGGCACGCCGGAGGCUGCAGUAACGACAGAGAGGAAGAUGAAUUUAGAGAGGAACGUCCGACUGCACCGAAUCCACAGCAACAGGAUCCGGGCUGGGAUUGGGACGAUCCUGCCGGGGCUGACAAUAUCAGUGCUUCCCUCCAGCAGAGCAUCAAGCACGGCAAACCUCUGGGCUCGUUGACUCGCGGUUUCCUGGAGCUGCUGCUGGCAGCUCCUGACGGCUCCCUGGACAUCAGGCAGGUGGCAGCGAACCUGCAGACCUCCGUGCAGCAAGUGCACGCCAUCGCCAGGGUCCUGGACGGCAUCAGCCUCAUCCAGAGAGAGUCGGCCCACAAGAUCAAGUGGAUAGGUUGGAGCUCCAUCUCCAGCUUCCUGUGGAGGAACCAGCAGAAGUUCCAUAGAGAGAUUCAGAAGCUGAAGCUGGUGGAGGAAGCGCUGGACGGCUUCAUCAGAAGCUGUGCCCAGCAGCUUUUCAGCCUUACGGACAACGUGGAAAACUCUUCGCUUGCCUAUGUGACGUUCGAGGACAUCAGUCGACUUGGAGUGUACCGGGAUCAGACGGCCAUCAUUGUCAAAGCUCCCGAGGACACUAAGCUGGAUGUUCCUGCUCCCACAGAGGAGAGCGUUCAACUCUGUCUGAAGGCAGUGAAAGGUCCCAUCUUGGUGAUGACCUGUGAGGUUGGCUCUGACGAUGCUGUGACCUCUGACCCCAUGCAGAGGAUUACCUCAUUUUUAACUCUGAACGAGAGCCGCAUCAGGACGACGGAGCUGCACGAAAGGUCACUCACUGACCUGGAGAGCCCAUGAACACCAGCUGACCUCCAGGGGUGCCGGCGUGUUGCUGCAUGUGUCUGAUAAAUGCACACAGGGAGAACAUGAGGAAGUACCUGCUGACGGUGGCUCACUUUAACUCAUGCUUGAUGCUGUGACGACAUGACAGCAGCAAGCUCCUCCUACCAGAGGAAACAGUCUGAGCACAGGAAAGGGAAAAAAACUGUUUUCAUCUGGACCAAUGAAACGGCUUUAACCUGCUGAGCUCAGUCUGAUGCACAGUGCCUGUAUUUCAUUGUUUGUCUUUCUGUCCUUUGCUUUGUGUUUUUAAUGUAUAAAUGUUUACUUCUUCAUCUCACAAAUACCUCAAAUAUACUCGGACCAAUAAAGUUUUACUUUAAAGUUGUGAAUCACUUCCUGUUUUCAUUCAUGAGAAGAAAAAAAGCUCCAACAAAAGUGUUGAGCAGCAGAAAGUCCCAAUACUCUGUUCCUCCCUUUAAAAUUUCCUGAAGUGCACAGCUGAAAAUCAGAAGUAAUAAUAAAGGAGUUUUUUAGUGGCAUCAACUAGAAUCUAGAACAUACCAUAAGCAUUUCCAAUAAAAAUAAAUACUUAACAAAUGGUCAUAAUAUUAAUGGUUCAAAAAGAAAAACUUCAUAAUAAAAAUAAAUGUGAAUUUAUGUUCUGUGCUUCGGCUUUUUUAUGUUACCACAUUUUGUUUUUGUCUGGAGUCUCAGGUCAGCAUGAGGCACUAGCUCCUGCUGCUUUCUGCUUGUAGUAAUACACAGGUACAGCAGGCAGGGGGCAGUAUACUACACCUAAUGUGUAUUCACUUCAUUUCGUGUUUCGAGCUGAUUACAUUUAAUAAUGAACUGGU